AUGGCUACCGGAACACUACCAUCAAUGACUCCACCACAGUCAAAUGUCCAGACCAUUCCAGGCAUUGGAGCUAUUGAUGUCAACAGCCUUAGGAAGCUUCUGGCACACUUUGAUGGAGGCCAGACAUCUCUCUCAAGCCAAGCCCUAUCACCAUUCUCUGCCGAAGUGAUAGAAGCCCUGCUACCAGCCAGUUACAGAAACACCACGUCUGACCUAAAAUUUCAUGGCAAUUCAGAUGCUGUUGAGUUUCUUGGAAGAUUUAACGUUGAAAUGGGCAUCUACCAGAUACCGGAUCUUGUUAGAUGUAGACUCGUCACGGCCACUUUUAGAGAUAGCGCCUAUCAAUGGUUCCGGAAAUUAGAACCAGCAUUCAUCACUUCUUGGAUAAGCAUGCAGACUAUGUUCUUGACUCAGUUCCAGGCAACCGUCAAGUAUGCUCCACUAGUCACCACUUUGGCAAACAUCAAGCAGAAGGAGGGAGAGACUCUCCAUGCUUACUUCAAGCGUUUUAAUGCAGGAUCAUCCAAUGUUCGGGGGGCGACAGAUGAGACAUUGAAAAGUUUCUUGGUGGCAGGGCUUCGAGUAGGAACCGACUUUUGGAAGCACUUACAAGGUAAUGAUCCCAAAUCCUUGGCAGAUCUUUAUGCAAGGGCUGAGGCAUACAAGAAUGUCGAACAAUCAUUGGCUGAGAGUAGGAAGAAUGAGAGAAGCCCCGUUAAGGCUCGACAAAAGAGGAGAGACCGGUCCCCGAGCCCAGAACAAAGGGGGAGGCGACGAAGUCCCAAUCGGGUCAAUACCACUUACAGAAGGAACUACACGCCUCCUCGGGAUCAUGAAGAAAGUGGAGAUCGUUGGACAUCGCUCGCUGCACCAAUUGACCACAUCUUCGAAGUCAAUCGUGACAAGGGACUCUUCCGCAGACCAGCACCUCUAAAUUCUUGGCAAGCCAAGAAUAAGGACAAAUACUGUGAAUACCAUGAGUCAACCGGGCAUGAAACUCAUGAGUGCAGACAACUGAAAGAAGAGAUCGAAUCGCUAAUCAAAGAAGAUCACCUUAAUGAAUGGAUAGUUCGUGAAGCCCGAUCCUGGGGGGAUAUUCGAGCCAAAGACAAGAGGGGACUUGGCUAUACUGGUGAUCAAGAAAGGGGGAAGCAAGAAGACGUGCAGUUCGUUAAGGAAGGGAGCAUCCAUGUCAUUUUUGGAGGGCCACACUUGGCUGGUGAUGGAACCAAGGCUAUAGAGAGAUAUGCAAAGGAGGCUAAAGGUAGGCCCCUUAGCAAUGUACAUAAUUUGUCAUCUAGACCUCCUAAGAUCUUUAGAGGAGAAGCUAUUUACAUUACUUUUUCAGAGGAGGAUGCCAGAUGGGUUCAUCACCCGAACAAUGACGCCUUAGUGAUCGCCCUUCAAAUUGGUCCGAUGAAUGUUCAUCGGGUGCUUGUUGAUAACGGAAGAUUAGGAACAUACUUCAUUUAUAACAGACAGAGGGUUAUACUUCUAUAUAGGGAUGCCGUUUGGACUGAUCAAUGCUGGAGCGACGUACCAACGCCUUGUGAAUAUGAUAUUUAA